CUCAUCUAUUGAAUCAAGGAGCUGCUGCUUGCUGCUGCACACAUACAGAGAGAGAGAGAGACACACACACACAUACAGAGAGAGAGAGAGGCUGGAGUCCCAAAAGCCCCGGGAGUCAGAGACAGCUCUGCGCUGAGACAGAAUGGUACAGCGCGUCGAGACAGAGCAGCAGCCAGCCGCUCCACACCAGCAGCACCACUGAGAGCAAGAAAAGCUCCAGCCCUCCUUUGCUUUGCGUUCACAGAGGAAGACAAGAGGGGGAAGGGGGAGGCUGGUUUCUUUAAGCUGCAAAAGGAGCAGUAGAAAGUUAAAGCCGGAGGAACGAAGGGGGGAAGGCAAAUCACUCACUCCACUCGCAGACGCACUGGAUGUGGGAAGCGGUAGCGCCAGAAAGCUCCGGAUCAUCGCGAAAUGUUGCAAUGGAAGGCGCAGGGUCUGACUCGCCCGGAGCAGCAAGAGGAGCAGCAGCAAACGCGGUAUGAAGAGGUGGUCUGUCAGCAGCAGCCUGCGGAAAGAAGCGCCAGCAGCCCAGCAACCCUCCUGUCCCCCUGGAUCGCCCCAAAGCAGCAGCGCGCUGCGGGGAAUCACAGAGGACCCAGCCCGUGGGUCGCCAAAACAACAGCAGCAGCAGAGGCAGCAGCCCCGUCCCGGCGGCGGCAACAUGGCCUCGGCUGUUAACGUUUCGGAGCCGGAGAGCAGCAGCGGUGCUGGUGGCGGUGGCUGCUGCAGAGACCUCGAUCGGCCGGGGAGAAGCUGUAGCAGAAGGCGGAGAAGGACCGGAGGGAACAGACGCGCCGCGGCACCGGAUCUGGAGUAUCUGCAGCGGCCAAGCUACUGCGAUGCAGCUUUUGCCUUGGAGCAGAUUUCAAAGGGGAAGGCUACUGGAAGAAAAGCACCGUUGUGGCUAAGAGCGAAGUUUCAGAGACUAUUAUUUAAACUGGGCUGUUACAUUCAAAAAAACUGCGGAAAGUUUUUGGUUGUUGGCCUCCUUAUAUUUGGGGCUUUCGCUGUAGGAUUAAGGGCAGCUAAUCUCGAAACCAACGUGGAGGAGCUCUGGGUAGAAGUUGGUGGACGAGUGAGUCGGGAGUUAAAUUACACGCGCCAGAAGAUUGGAGAAGAGGCCAUGUUUAAUCCCCAGCUCAUGAUUCAGACACCACAAGAAGAUGGUGCUAAUGUACUAACAACAGAAGCACUCAGACAGCACCUUGACUCUGCACUUCAAGCCAGCAGGGUACACAUUUAUAUGUACAACAGACAAUGGAAAUUGGAACAUUUAUGUUUUAAAUCAGGAGAACUUAUCACAGAAGCAGGGUACAUGGACCAGAUUAUAGAAUAUCUUUAUCCUUGUUUAAUCAUCACGCCUUUGGACUGCUUCUGGGAGGGGGCAAAGUUACAGGCAGGGACUGCCUAUCUAUUAGGGAAACCUCCUUUGCAGUGGAUAAACUUUGACCCCUUAGAAUUCUUGGAAGAGUUAAAAAAAAUAAACUAUCAAGUAGAGAGUUGGGAGGAGAUGCUGAAUAAAGCAGAGGUUGGUCAUGGUUAUAUGGAUCGACCUUGCCUGAAUCCUACUGAUCCCGAUUGUCCAGUCACAGCCCCCAACAAAAAUUCAACCAAACCUCUUGAUGUGGCCCUUGUUUUGAGUGGUGGAUGCUACGGACUGUCAAAAAAGUACAUGCACUGGCAGGAGGAGUUGAUUGUAGGUGGAACAGUUAAGAAUGGUACUGGAAAACUUGUCAGUGCUCAGGCUUUACAGACCAUGUUUCAGUUAAUGACUCCUAAGCAAAUGUAUGAACACUUCAAGGGGUAUGAGUAUGUUUCACACAUCAACUGGAAUGAAGACAAGGCAGCCGCAAUUCUGGAAGCCUGGCAGAGGAUGUAUGUUGAGGUUGUUCAUCAAAGUGUUGCACAAAACUCUACUCAGAAGGUGCUUUCCUUUACGACAACUACUCUGGAUGACAUCCUAAAAUCAUUUUCUGAUGUCAGUGUUAUCAGAGUUGCUAGCGGCUACUUAUUAAUGCUUGCCUAUGCCUGUUUAACCAUGCUGCGGUGGGACUGUGCCAAGUCCCAGGGUGCCGUGGGGCUGGCAGGAGUCUUGUUGGUUGCACUCUCAGUGGCUGCAGGAUUGGGCCUGUGCUCAUUGAUUGGAAUUUCCUUUAAUGCUGCCACAACUCAGGUUUUGCCUUUUCUUGCUCUUGGAGUUGGAGUAGAUGACGUUUUCCUUUUGGCACAUGCAUUUAGUGAAACGGGGCAGAAUAAGAGAAUUCCAUUUGAGGAUAGAACAGGUGAAUGUUUGAAGCGAACAGGAGCAAGCGUCGCCCUUACAUCUAUCAGCAAUGUUACUGCCUUCUUUAUGGCUGCCUUAAUUCCUAUUCCUGCUUUACGGGCAUUUUCACUUCAAGCUGCUGUUGUUGUGGUAUUCAACUUUGCCAUGGUUCUGCUAAUUUUUCCUGCUAUUCUAAGCAUGGACCUUUACCGUCGGGAGGACAGGAGAUUGGAUAUAUUCUGCUGCUUUACAAGUCCAUGUACUAGCAGAGUGAUUCAGAUUGAGCCUCAAGCAUAUGCAGAUAAUGAUAACACUCGCUACAGCCCUCCACCACCCUACAGCAGUCACAGUUUUGCACAUGAAACUCAGAUUACAAUGCAAUCUACAGUGCAGCUGCGCACAGAAUAUGACCCUCAUACCCAGGUGUACUACACUACAGCAGAGCCCCGCUCAGAAAUAUCUGUGCAGCCAGUCACAGUGACACAGGAUAACCUCAGCUGCCAGAGCCCAGAAAGCACAAGCUCGACAAGGGAUUUGCUUUCCCAGUUUUCAGACUCGAACAUGCAUUGUCUUGAGCCACCCUGUACUAAAUGGACGCUCUCAUCUUUUGCCGAAAAGCAUUACGCUCCAUUCCUGCUAAAACCAAAAGCCAAGGUAGUGGUUAUUUUCCUUUUCCUGGGUUUACUUGGUGUCAGUCUUUACGGUACUACCCGGGUGAGAGAUGGACUGGAUCUCACAGACAUUGUACCACGGGAAACCCGAGAAUAUGACUUUAUUGCUGCACAAUUCAAGUACUUCUCCUUCUACAACAUGUAUAUAGUGACACAGAACGCAGACUACCCCAACAUCCAGCACUUACUUUAUGACCUUCACAAAAGUUUCAGCAAUGUUACAUAUGUUUUGUUGGAGGAAAAUAAGCAGCUUCCCAAAAUGUGGUUGCACUACUUUCGAGACUGGCUCCAAGGUCUUCAAGAUGCAUUUGACAGCGACUGGGAAACUGGGAAAAUCACAUACAACAACUAUAAAAAUGGAUCUGAUGAUGCUGUUCUGGCCUACAAACUUCUGGUGCAAACAGGCAACCGCGACAAGCCCAUCGACAUCAGUCAGUUGACUAAACAGCGUCUGGUGGAUGCAGAUGGAAUCAUUAACCCAAAUGCUUUCUACAUCUACCUGACAGCCUGGGUUAGCAAUGACCCCGUGGCCUACGCUGCCUCUCAAGCCAACAUCCGGCCUCACCGUCCAGAAUGGGUCCAUGACAAAGCAGACUAUAUGCCAGAAACAAGGCUGAGAAUUCCAGCAGCUGAGCCCAUUGAAUAUGCUCAGUUUCCUUUCUACCUCAAUGGAUUGCGUGAAACUGCUGACUUUGUGGAAGCUAUUGAGAAAGUGAGAGCGAUCUGUAACAACUACAGCAGCCUUGGGGUCCCCAGCUACCCAAAUGGAUACCCAUUUCUUUUUUGGGAACAGUACAUUGGGCUUCGUCACUGGCUUCUCUUGUCUAUUAGCGUGGUUCUGGCUUGCACAUUUCUGGUGUGUGCCCUCUUUCUCCUGAACCCCUGGACGGCUGGGAUCAUUGUGCUGGUGCUGGCUCUGAUGACCGUGGAGCUGUUUGGCAUGAUGGGUCUAAUUGGAAUAAAGCUGAGUGCAGUGCCUGUGGUCAUCCUGAUUGCUUCUGUUGGCAUAGGAGUGGAAUUCACUGUUCAUGUUGCUUUGGCAUUUUUAACCGCCAUAGGAGACAAGAACCGCAGGGCUGUCCUUGCAUUGGAGCACAUGUUUGCACCAGUAUUGGAUGGAGCUGUGUCUACUCUGCUUGGAGUGUUAAUGCUUGCAGGGUCCGAGUUUGACUUUAUUGUCAGGUAUUUCUUUGCUGUUUUGGCAAUUUUAACCAUUCUGGGAGUUUUAAAUGGAUUGGUGCUGCUUCCAGUUCUUCUUUCAUUCUUUGGACCAUAUCCUGAGGUUUCUCCAGCUAACGGACGGAACAGAUUGCCUACUCCAUCUCCUGAGCCCGCCCCUAACAUCGUGAGGUUUGCACUGCCACCUGGACACACAAAUAAUGGAUCAGAUUCAUCUGAUUCCGAGUACAGUUCUCAGACUACAGUGUCAGGAAUCAGUGAGGAACUCCAUCAGUACGAGGCCACUCAGAGCUCUGGUGCACCAGUCCACCAAGUAAUAGUGGAAGCAACUGAGAAUCCUGUCUUUGCCAGAUCGACUGUGGUUCAGCCAGAGACAAGAUGUCAUCAGCCAAGUCCAAAAUUACAGUCUAACCCAGAAGCCGGGUCCCAGCAGACAUGGCAUCAUAACAGACAACCUAGACGAGAACUGAGAGAAGGACUACGACCGCCCCCUUACAGGCCGCGCAGGGACGCUUUUGAAAUUUCUACUGAAGGGCAUUCUGGACCUAGCAAUAGGGACCGCUCGGGCCAUAGGGCUCGCUCUCAUAACAUUAGAAGCCCAGCAUUCACUGCCAUGGGUACUUCAGUGCCAGCAUACUGCCAGCCUAUCACUACUGUGACUGCCUCCGCUUCAGUUACUGUUGCUGUACACUCUGCUGUGCACAGCCAUAACUGUCAUGGAGGAGGCUUUCCAUCUUACGAAGGAUACCAUGAAACUGACCAUGGAACAUUUGAGGACCCCCAUGUGCCUUUUAAUGUACGGUGUGAGAGGAGAAACUCUAAAGUAGAAGUAAUAGAACUGCAAGAUGUUGAAUGUGAAGAAAGGACAAAUGGCAACAGCUCAGAUUAAGGGUAACAACUGAAGCAAAGAAGAGGCCAAAGAUGGGGAAACUUCCUCUUUCCAGAACUGCUUGAAGUUAUGGAAAAGGACAUGCUGCAUCAGGAUAACAGUUCACUGUUACUGUAACCUAUUGUAUUAUGUUGUUAAAUAUUUCUAUAAAUAUUUAAAAGGUGUACACAUAUGUAAUAUACAAAGGAACAAUGUAAAGUAGUAUAAUCUGGAGUUAACUCUUGUUAAUAGAGUGGGACAAUAUUGUUUGUGUUCUGUACUUAUUGUACAUUGAUCUCUGUGCCACAACUAAGCUUAAUCUAGUCCUAAAUUUCAGCAUAUGUUGCUGCUGCUUAAAUAUUGUAUAAUUUACUUGUAUAAUUCUAUGCAAAUAUUGCUUAUGUAAUAGGAUUUUUUGUAAAGGUAUGUGUUUAAAAUAUUUUAAAAUUUGCAUUUCACAACCCUGUGGUAGUAUGAAAUGUUACUGUUAACUUUCAAACACGCUAUGCGUGAUAAUUUUUUUUUUUAAAUGAGCAGAUAUGAAGAAAAGCACGUUAAUCUUGGUGGUUUAAGUAGGUUUAGCUAUGUGCAGGUUUUGUUUUGCUGUGUGCAUGUGUGUGUAUGUAUGUUCCCAGUGUACUGUAGUGUAAUUUUUUUUACUGUAUGGUAACCCUUAGUGGGCUCAUUAACUCACUGAUGCUGGCAGAGUCAGGAUUUUCCUAUUGCUAAGUGCCAGUGAAAAAUGUCUUGGCACUUAACAACAGAAUCUCCAGACUGCUAUUGUCAAAGGGAUGAUUAAAAUAGAAGAGAGGACAGGAGGUCAGGGCAUAUGGAUUCUAUUACUAAAUCUUCCACUGACUUGCUGUGUGUGACUUUGGGCAAGUCACUUAACCUCCCUAUGCCUCAGUUUCCACAUCUGUAAAAUGGAUAUAAUAAUACUUAGCUACCUCCUAGGGGUGUUGUGAGGCUUAAUUACUGUUUGGAAAGUGCUUUGAUAUCCUUUGUGAAAGGUGCCAUGUAAGUGCAAAAUAUAAUCAUUUUCCUUAACUGCAAAGGGUGUUGGGUAUUGAAAGUUGCUAAAAUCCAGUUAGCAUAUGCCUUUGUAUGUACUGAUGCCAUAUUUUGAUAUUGAUAUUGUAAAACAGAGUGGUACUGGAAUAAUCUGGUUGUUUAUUUCAGUAACGGCACAGUUCAAAGCAAUCUGGCAUCCCUCAUCACUUUAUUUAAAUGGCAGAAAGCAAGUUAAUAUAAAGUGACAAAAAUUAUAUUUUUUUAAUUAUUAUUUUCUUCAUCUAUUUUCACUUCUUAUUUUACUGAUCUGCUUGAUCCAGGACCAUAAUGAUUGACACCUAAGGCCUGGGGUGAUUCCCCCCCCUCCCCUCUAAGGUAACUCUUACUGCAUUAGUACUUUUAAUUAAAAUAGCUAAACUGAAU